UCCCUCUGCAGCGUUCAUAAAGAUGGCUGACAAGUUCAGAGUAUCAGUGAAAGUCCCUGAGGACUACUGUACCAUUGAAGAAUUAUCACAUGGCAGUGGAGACGAAGGCCACACAGCUCCAGUUCCUCAAAUUAGAGCAGAAAGGAGAGUCAACCUUGUGAAGAUGAUGAAGAUCUUCGGUGUUCUCCUAGUGGCCGGCCUCGUAUCCCUUUCUGUUUACCAUUUCAUAAAAUUAAAUCACAAUGAGCAAGAGCUGGAGGAGUUAAGAAAUGCGAUUGCAACUCUGAAUGAAGUGUCCAAAGUGUUCAGUGAUCUGAAGGAAUACUACUGUGAUGCUACAAACACGUUUCCCAAUAAGACUUGCUCUCUAUGUAAAGUGGGCUGGAUCGCCUUCAGUUCCAAGUGUUACUUCUUCUCCAUUGAAAAAAUGAUUUGGAAUGGGAGCCGUGAUAGGUGCAAGACAAGUGGUGCACGACUAGUGAAUAUACAAAGCUUGGAGGAGCAGGAGCUCCUAGAGUUGCCAUUUCUACAUUACGUUUACAUGCAUUGCUAG